CAAUCUUAACGGUGUCUUUCGGAGUAAGCCAGCAGCAUGAGCUAAUACGCGAAGGGAGCGAUGUGUAUUUCGAUUGCAAUAUCAUGGCAAAUCCUCCAGUUACGGAUGUUCGCUGGAGAUUCAAGAACAAGCUGUUAAUGCAUGAUCCAUCAAAUGGCGUGAUUCUGAGAAAUUACACAUUACUCCUUCAGAACGUCCGGCGAAGCCACCGAGGCCCCUACAGAUGUCUUGCUUCAAAUCUGGAAGGAGAAAGUAUAAGCGAUGAAGUCAAUCUUCGGGUUCAGUUUUCGCCCGUUUGCGCUAAAGAACAGAAAAUUACGUAUGGAGUAGCCAGGCACGAAGAAGCAAAUGUCAGUUGUGUGGUUGAAGCUGAUCCUCCUGAAGUAGCAUUUCGAUGGACAUUCAACAACAGUCUUUCUGAAUCAGUAGAUAUUCUUUCUUACAACAAUGACGGACCUCUGAAAAGUGUAGCUAGAUAUAUUCCUAGAACAAGACUCGAUUAUGGAGUUCUAAACUGCUUUGCAAAAAAUGCAGUUGGAAUAAUGAAAGAACCGUGCAUUUUUACAGUGGUACCUACAGGACCUCCUGAACCUGUACAGAACUGCUCAAUUACAAAUCAAACAGCAAAUGUUUUGAUGAUAUCCUGCGAUGCAGGUGAUGAUGGUGGACUGCAGCAAACAUUUCAUUUGGAGGUAUACAGUAUGACAGCAGAGCAGCUCAUCACCAAUCUUACAACCAAUGAAAGCCCUGUAUUUGUUGCUGAGAAACUAAAAUCUAGCUCUGCUUACAUUUUGGUACUUUAUGCUUCAAAUCCAAAAGGUCGGAGCACCUCUGUGGCACUGACGGCAAGGACUUCAUUCUCACCAGAGCCCAGAAGUAGUGACAGUCAACCUGUAACAAUUAGUGCCGUUCUUGUUGUCCUGAUGGGAAUCGUGGGAGCUUUGGUGCUGCUAGCUAUAAUAAUAAUCUUCAUUAUGAAAGCAAGAGGAGACAGAAGAGGUAAAACAGAAGAUAAAAGGUCUGACGAAAAAAUACCUACGUCAUCGGAAAAUGUCUUUGAAGCCAAGCAAACGGAUAUUUUUUCAAAGAAUUUUCAAACAGAGUACGUGGACUUAACUCCGAAUGCCAGAACUGAAAGGAUAUACGAGAGCUUGGGCGACUGCAAAGAAUACACCUACGAGAACGUUAUACAUAAACCUCACUAUCCAUCGAAUCAGGUGCCUAAUGCUUGGAAACUACCCUCGGUCUUCACAUCAUCUUUCUGAGAAUAUCACAGACAUUCUCAAAUGAAUGCUCACAGCCAUCAUCCUAUGCCUUCCAUUGUUGCCAGAUGACAAAGGGAUGUAAAUUAAAGUGUACCAUCACACGUUCACCUUAAAAGAGAUGGAACAGAAUACUGUGUUUUCAUUUAUUUGUCUUCAGCUGUGAACGUUCUUUUUUAUAUAAAAUAGUAAAAAUUGCUGAAAAUCAUCAUUUUCUGAAAAUUACAUUUCAGUUAUGUAUUAAACUUUGUACAAAAUCGUAAAAAAACUUAAUGAUAUGGGAGAAAAUGUUAUGUGAAAAAACUGGAUGUUGUGCUUGUUGUUAUGUUCAAAUUACGUGUUUGAUAAUGAAGAAAGUAUGUCUUCCUUGGAAGCCAAUCUCAAUUCAAGUAAAUGAUACUUUCUGUGAAUACCAAUAAUGGAAUAUUUAUAUAUUUCACUUGCUGAAAUGGAACUUUCAUUAUCAAUGGCAAUGCUCAUGUCGACAUAGCUUUAAUCGCUAAUGGGUAAUAGUU